AUGGGCUCGUUAACGGAAUCUACAGCGGCCUUCGCAUCAAGGGCUAAAGAGAUUGGCUUGACUCAAGCCAAUGUGGCCACGAUGACGGGGACCGGAGUGGAUACGCUUUCCAAAUUAGCUUUUGCAACAGUUCCGCCGGGCCAGUCACCGAGCGACGAUCAGGUACAGCGGCUCUUCGGGGCAACGCCCAUCACGGCAGGGACGAUGGCUGCAGCAAAGCGCUUGAUCUUUGAGGCCCAUACCCUCGUAGUCCAAGAGUUAAAAACUCGGGUUCAGAGGGGGGAUUCUGGAGCACCUUCGACGCUUGCCACAGCAGAGAGGGAAGAGCGCAUCACAGAGCAGCGUGCAAGGAUCACAGGCCUUUUGCAUCGUGGAGUCGAAGAGCCUAGCCAUGCCUCUUACGACUUGGUGUACGCCAUGUUGUCCGCGGAUUCCUUGACGUACUUAGGGCCAGACAGGUUUCCGACCCGACAGUCCGAACUUCAGGGUAAGAAGCCCGGGAAGGAGCUCACCAUCGACGGGAACAGUGUGACGGUGAGAGACAAGGUGCCUCAUCAAACCUGCACGACAGGGACCGAGCUUGAGCUUACGCAGGCUCUGAGGCGGCGAGCCUUAGCAUUUGAUUUAGUCAAGUGCGCCAGUUAUGACACCAUGAAUCGGUAUCACUCGUCGUUGAUCCAUCGACUGCAGGAGUUGCCACCGCCUACUUACGUAAAGAUUUCGGUGGCACAAGUGCUUAGGGCAGACAGGGCAGCUUUCACUCGCAUUGCCGAAAGCCUACCCUCGAUCAAGCGUCAGCCUGAUGGGGCUUUGCCUCUGGAUCGAGCCCUUGAGAACAUUCUUCAGGAUCCCAGCAUCAGCUUCCACUUGUUGCCGUUGAAAGGUGGCGAAACCGAUGAUAACAAGCGGAAGUGGACAGAUGAUGCCAAAAAGACCGAUGAUUCGACCAACGAGACCAACGAAGGGAAGAGGCUGUGUUGGGCAUACAACAUUGAUGGGUGUCCCAAUGCCGCUGACGGCGAGGAGUGUCCUCGCGGCUGGCACUUGUGUUGCGAGCCAAAUUGCUUCAAGGCGCAUCCGUUGCCCAAGCACCGGAAGGUUAAGGGGGUCUCUUUAGAUGAAUGUCUCGUCUUGGAGGUCUCGCCGGGGUCGGGGCGAUUGACUGCAUGCCUCAAGCAGCGUCAGCUUGAUAACAGUUUUUCCGUUGAUAGAACAGCCGGCAAGUGCUGUGCACCACGAAUUGUUGUUGACUUGUGUACAGAGUCGGGUCGCAAGCAGUUCCAGGAGAUUUUGACCGAAGAAAAUUUGAUGUAUGUUCAUUUCUAUCCGCCCAGUAAUACUACAAGCCGUGCCAGAUUGCGUCAAUUUGCAGGAGCCCCUGCAAUCCUUCGGAACGAAACCCAUCCUGACGGAGUUCCAGGGUUGGGGCUAGCCGAUCGUACUAGAGUGAGUGAUGCCAAUGCUUACCUGCGUGCUGUGGCUGCAGCUUGCAAAACAUGUCACGAACGCGGAGUCCUUUUCAGUAUCUGCAACCCAGAGUCAAGUUUUAUGUGGGCUACCAAGCCUUUGCGACUUUUGCUUCAGGAAGUUCCUCUCUUCACAACGCACUUUCACCUUUGCAGCUUCGAAUCGCCCUUCAAGAAGGCCAUGCGGAUGCUGCACUCACUACCAAAAUUCUUGGAGUUGCAUCGUCCAUGCGCCGGUGGACAUGUACAUAAGUUUUGGUCUAAGGGUGUGGGCUGCAAGUUCGACCGUGAUUUGGAUUUUCCUUGGGGUUUGUGCAAGGCAAUGUCACAGCUUCUGCAAGAUCAACUACUUGACAUGGGGGCCAAGCCUCUGCCUACUGACUUAAGUCAGACAACAGCCACAGUUGCAGCGGCCAGAGCUGUUGCUGGGUGGCAGAGCAACAAGCGUGUCCUUCCUCUGGUUCCGGAGUUCAAGCAUGUUGUGAAUGUUCGUGGCAGCUUCCCUGCUGCGUCUAUGCAAGGUCUUCAAGUAGGCUGCAAACUCCCUGCAUCGUGGGAGGUACCUGCAUCUGCAAAUGUUGACCCGUGCUUUGUGUCGUCGGUGCCACAAGGUUCCAAAAUCCUUCGCAUCCUCACGGUGCCGGGGGAAAUGUCAGAGGAUGCUCCGGACAACUUGAGUGCAGCUCAGGCUGGCCGCGUAUUGCCGAGCCUUUCUGCUCCGCCCGAAGAUGCUCACCCAGCUGAGAAGCUUGCUUGCAUCAUGUUGCAGUGGAACACUCGCUUCAGCCAAGAGGAGAUGCGAACUCUUCUGGACAUGUUGCCGCAAAAACAUCAGACCAGAGCCAGGGGGAGCUGUGACGAACAGUCCAAUCAGUUUCUGUGUGGAGCCUAUGCUCAUGGGCCCAUGACGGGCUGCAAGAACUUGACACGAGAUAUGCCUUGGUGCACUGCCGUGCUUUGCAAGCAUGUUCGUGAUAACGCUCCGGGUUUUUGCUUCUCUGCCGUGGGCUACCUGUGCAAUGUGCGCGCAGAGGCCCAUCGAGAUUUGCAUAAUGAGCCAGGGACAAAAAACCUGGUCAUGGCAACGCAUGAUUGUGCUGGCGGUGGACUGUGGCUUGAGGAGGCAGGUGGGCCUGUUGCGAUGGUCGUCGAUAAAACUCAGCGUGCUGGGAGGUUUCAUGACUUGGCAGUUGGAAGGCCUUUUAUCUUCGAACCGAAGCGUUGGCAUGCUACUCAACCGUGGCGAGGUGACAGAGGAGUGAUCGUUGCAUACACCCCAGUGGGAGUGACCAAACUUGCAACUGCCGACAAAGGGUUCUUAGAAAAUUUGGGUUUUCCCUUAGGCCCCUCUUCUGGUUCUAGUGAUGUGCCUCCCAGGGUUGCAAAAGUACAAAAAGGAAGUAUCGUUUUCGGCGUGUACCAUGAACCGGAGGAGUUUGUGGCGAGAGCGUUGAGCGUGCAACAUCCUUGUCACUUGGAAAGCCUUUUGCCAUCAGAGCUUGUUGAGGCCAUACGGGCAAAUCACUCCAAAGAUGUCGCUACGCUUGGGCGCGAGCGCACCGAGAUGCUCAAGAAAUGGCUUGCUCGCGCUGAGGAGCUGGAAACUGCCGAAAAACAGCUCAAGGGAUCUUUCAGCUCCCAUCGACGUCAAGUGUUGUGCAACAAGCGGCUGCUCUUGAUGAAAGAGAUGCUUGACAGUGUGGGACACGAGGACGAGGACUUGAUUUCUGAUCUGUCAAACGGUUUCGACUUGACCGGACCCUUGCCCCGAUCUAAUGCCUUUAAGAAUAAGUACCGCCCGGCAGCCAUGGCCGAGGAAACGCUUAGGAAAAGUGCGGGAUUAGUUAGGGGUCAGGUUUUGGCUUCGGUUAAAAGUUCAGGGGACGAGAUCGUGGAUCGAGGUGUACUGGCAGCCACCGAGAAAGAGUUGUCCAAAGGCUUCAUCGAGGGGCCGGUGUGUGCUAGUGACAUCCCUGCUGAUGGGACGGUCACGCAUCGCUUCGGAGUGAUCCAAGGAGAAACCGAGGAGGGUCCCAAAGUGAGACCGAUCGACAACUACUUGAGUUCGCUGGUAAAUUCGGUUGUGUCCCAAAGUGAACAAGUGCCCGUCCACACGUUGGACGUAGUUGCUGGCAUGUUGGCGAUGUGGUUGCACUUGUCUCCUUUGAAGUCCUUGCGUGAGGGACUUGUGUGCAAAUGUUGGGACCUCAGUGCCGCAUACAAGCAACUACCGCUUAGUGACAAAAGUUUCGAAAAGGAUAGCUUCUUCGUGAUUUACUGCCCCCGCACUCGCAAGCAUGUCAUCUACAAGCAGCGGGUCAUGCCCUUCGGGGCGAAAGCCUCAGUGACUGCCUUCAUCCGUUGUGCAUUCGGAAUUUGGCGGCUGGGGGUAAAAAUGUUUUCCUUGGUCUGGAGUUUUUAUUUUGACGAUUUUCUAUCGGCUUGCAAGCCGGAGGAGCGUCGACACGUGGAGGUCGUCAUCAGCACGCUUUUCAGGAUUCUAGGUUGGGAUCUUUCGCUAGAUAAACUUCUGCCCUAUGACGUGUGCUGUAAAGUCCUUGGAAUCAAGAUCGACGUGGCGGAGGCUCGCCUGGGACUCUUCAAGCUGGCGAACACUGAAAAACGUGUGAUGGAGUUAACCGCUGCCUUGGACGAAGUCUUGCUAGCCGAGAGGUUGUCGCAUUCCGACUGCGAGAAACUUCGGGGUAGGCUGCAGUUUGCUUCCGGCCAGUUGUUCGGUCGAAGGGCGAAGGUUGCUCUGCACCAGCUUAGCCGGCAUCAUGGAGGUCGGUUGAGCGAGGCCACUUCUAAGGCGUGUCGCUUCUUGAGGCGUUUGGUUUCGUCAAACCAGAGCCGCUUGAUUAGUCGACAACUUGGCAAUGUCGUGCAUGUGUAUGUGGACGCAUCCUUCAGCGAUGAGGGCAAGCUUUGUGGCAUCGGGGGCAUGGCUUAUGACCAUAAAGGCUCUUUGCUCCAAUGGUUCGGUGAAAACCUUGAUGCUUCGCUUGUUUCCCAAGUCAUGACGUCUUUUGAGCGUGUCAAAGAGACCGUCAUUUUUGAGCUGGAGGCUUUGGCGGUACAUGUUGCGCUGAAGUGUUUCUUCAAAGCUCUUAAGGGCAAGAAUGUGGUUGUGUUCACCGACAACGAAGGUGUUCACGGCGCCUUCGUGAAGUGCUGGACUGUGAGUCAGUUUGCAACGCAUGUCAUCGAUGCGGUAUGUGAGAUCGAAGAAAGCCUUGGCUUUAUGAUCUGGUACGAUCGAGUUCCAUCUGCAAGUAAUCCUUCGGAUCCGCUUUCAAGAGGAGUGUGGAAUCUGCCGACACCUGUGCGUGUUAGGCCUGCGGCUAAGUUCUUCGAGGACCUUCUUGAAAAGUCGAAGUCACGACUGAAGCAAGCGGAGUUUGCAAGAGCAGUGCAAGAGCAGCAGUUCGCCAACAGCAAGUGUGUGCUACGAUAUUGCGGUAUCUUGUCUACGGAGCAGCUGGACGUGAAGUCCCAGUUGAACACAGCCGUGUACAAUUGGUGGGACGAGAGCUCUCAGGCUCCUCCGAAGCGCCGCCCUCGAGGUGAUGACGACAACGUUGCGCUUCCAGACCUGCAGCUGCUGGCUUGGCAGGAUGGUGGAGCCAUUUGCCCCCAGAGCCUUGCAGGCAAGUUCCCCAGCGGCACGGACGAGGAAUCGGAGCUGACCAAGCUUCGGAAAAGUUUCGAGAGUGAGUUCCCCCGACCCCGGGCACCAACUCGCUCCAUGAGCAGCCUGAGUGUGGGGACAGACACCGGAGCGCGGGUUGCCGGCAGCUGCGACUACAGUCAAGAUGGAGAGCCUUUGGAUGUGCAAAGAGUUCUCGACUUGGAAGCGGUUGCAGUUGCAGACUUCUCCGAGACCCCGCUUGGCACCACAGUUCCGAAGGCCGGCAAGCUGGCUGUCAUGAUCACGGAGAAGUACGAGAUGUGGGUUGGAAAUCUCACUGACUCGGAGCUGCAAACUGGCCCUUGUGAACUUUGUGGCUUUGGAACGGGAAGCUACAAGGAGAUGAUUGUCAUCAAUGUGGCAGAAGAGCCGAGCGGCGUUGCAUUUCGGAUUACAGACGACCGGGAGCUGGUCGUGGUGGACAAAAAGCUCGUUCCUUUGUGCGAAGUUCUGCGGCAAGCUGCUGUGGACAACGGGCUGGCCCACGUGGACAUUGAGAGCCACCUCAUCGCAGCCAAGCUUGCACCGCCGGAAGGCGACAACGAGCCGCAGCCCGUGGUGUUCAGGUACAACAUCUCGGGGCUGGUUUCUUCGAAAACCAGCGUGUUCAAGCCGACCCCGCUCGAUGGUGAUACCGAUAAGAGUUCCGUCAAGGGCGCCGUCCUGGGUGCCGCCUACAACGGCAACUACAAUCAGGUCAUCAACAACAAGCGAGCCAAGAUCUGCUGGGAGGCUGCCUGCUAUGAUCCCGUGAUGAUUUCUUCCAACCCUCCACGGCUGAUGCCCAUCAAGCCGAAGAUCUACCUGACUGCCGUAAUCACCGAGCCGGAACAGCCGAAGAAAAGACCUUCUGCGCUCAAGCCCACUUCGUUCAAGCCCAGUUCCAAGAAGAAGCCCAGUGCCAGUUCCAGCAAGAAGCCAAAAGUUGCUGAGUCAGAAGCCGAAACCGAGAACCCUCUUGAGCCUGAGGAGUUGUCUGAGGACUUAGGAUCCCCAGAGGAGGGUCCGGAGGAAGAAGGUGAGAGUGAGGAAAUCCCCGUGCCAGCCAAGAAGCCCAGCGUGAAAAAGAUCCCGAAAGAGAAGAAGAAGCCAACAGUGAAGCCGAAGGGUAGCAAAAAGGAGAAGUCAACAGAGUCGAAGCCGGAGGGUAGCCCAACGGAGGAGAAGCAGGAGGGUAGCCCAAAAGAGGAGAAGUCAAGCGCGUCGAAGCCGAAGGGUAGCCCAAAAGAGGAGAAGUCAAGCGAGUCGAAGCCGAAGGGUAGCCCAAAAAAGGAGAAGUCAAGCGAGUCGAAGCCGAAGGAAAGCAAGAAGCCACCAAGCAAAGCGACGAAGGAGCCUAAGGCCAAAGCCAAGUCGAAAGCAAAGGCAAAAGCAAAGGCGAAAGCACGCUCAGGACAUCUUGUUUUUGAGCUCUGUAUUCUUGUUUAA